GUGUAUCACUCUUGUGUGAUGCACUAAAAGAUGAACAUUGCAAACUCACUGGGUUGAACCUUGGUUGCAACAAGAUUACAGACCAAGGUGUAUCACACUUGUGUGAUGCAUUAAAAGAUGAACAUUGCAAACUCACUGAGUUGAACCUUGAUAACAAUGAUAUUACAAACCAAGGUGUAUCACUCUUGUGUGAUGCGCUAAAAGAUGAACACUGCAAACUCACUGAGUUGAACCUUAAUAGGAACAAUAUUACAGACGAAGAUGUACCACUCUUAUGUGCUGCACUAAAAGAUGAACAUUGCAAACUCACUGAGUUGAACCUUGCUUGGAACAAGAUUGCAGAACAAGGUGUACGACUCUUGUGUGAUGCACUAAAAGAUGAACAUUGCAAACUCACUGAGUUGAACCUUGAUAGGAACAAUGUUACAGACCAAGGUGUAUCACUCUUGUGUGAUGCACUCAAAGAUAAACAUUGCAAACUCACUGAGAUGAACCUUAAUUGGAACAACUUUACAUACCAAGGUCUAUCACGCUUGUGUGAUGCAUUAAAAGACGAAUUUUGCAAACUCACUGAGUUGUACCUUGAUUGGAACAACAUUAAAGACCAAGGUGUAUCACUCUUGUGUGAUGCACUAAAAGAUGAACAUUGCAGACUCACUGAGUUGAACCUUGGUUGGAACAACAUUACAGAAGAAGGUGUAUCACACUUGUGUGAUGCAUUAAAAGAUGAACAUUGCAAACUCACUGCAUUGAACCUUGUUUGGAACGAGGUUCCAGACCAAGGUGUAUCACUCUUGUGUGAUGCAUUAAAAGAUGAACAUUGUAAACUCACUAAGUUGGACCUUGCUGAAAACGAGAUUACAGACCAAGGUGUACCACCCUUGUGUGAUGCAUUAAAAGAUGAACAUUGUAAACUCACUAAGUUGAACCUUGCUAGGAACAAGAUUACAGACCAGAGUGUACCACCCUUGUGUGAUGCAUUAAAAGAUGAACAUUGUAAACUCACUGAGUUGAACCUUAGUGAGAACGAGAUUACAGACCAAGGAAAAUUGUUCCAGGAACUUGAGGAACAUGUCUUAAAACAAAGCAUUGAUCACACCUGCCAAGAGGCUGUUGAUGAAGUCUUCUGUGAAUUGUUAUUGCUGUAG